AUGACUGACUCAGAGCAAGAUUUGGAUGCAUUGAGGAAGCUAGCGGCGCUAGAUGACGACUUGAACUCGGAGGAUCUAGACAAUUUAGAAGAGGAAGCAGAGAAUGAGCUUAUGGAAGAGAUGAAGCACGAUGAGUCAAAUGAAAUUAGCGACUCAGGCGCUCUAGAGCAGCCGGAAGACAGUGCAGAUGAAUCGGCGUCGUCUGACUACGUGUUUGGUCCGCUUGAGCCUGAAAACGUGGCGCUCAUUCUAUCGGAUCUUCGUACGCAUGGCAUUAGUGAAUGCGUGCGGCGGCACGUUUUACCGAAUCCAAAAUGCAUUAUUGACAUACUACUGUCUUUGGGCGUAAUGCUUCCUCGCUCUAUGUUGCAAGAGGCGGAGGAUGAACCAUCUUUGCUAUUACCUAUCUUGAAGAUGGUAUUUAUUCGCAUUCUUCGUCAGCGACAAAAACUCGUCGAGUACAAUACAAUUGAAGAUGCUGUCGACCUCAUUAAACGAUGCGAACGGAUUGUGGUGUUAUGCGGUGCAGGAAUUUCAGUGUCCUGCGGCAUACCAGAUUUCCGAUCCAAGGAUGGCAUCUAUGCAAUUCUUGCACGGGAGAACAGAUACGAGCUGGAUGAUCCUUCCGAUAUGUUUGACAAAGAAACAUUUUUGCGUGAUCCCAACAUGUUUUAUUCGUUUGCUCAUUCUAUCUAUCCAGCAAACUUCGAGCCAUCUCCGUCGCAUCGUUUUGUGCGGGAAAUCGAGAAACGCAACAAGUUGUUACCACGUCGUUUGGUAUCAUGA